CGUCCUAUUCCGAAUAUGUUCAGAAAGAAGCCGGCAUCGGUGCUUGACAGACUUCGCGAACUGGAUAGGACCUCCCCCCCGUAUCCACAGGUAUAAUAGGGACGGUAAGGAGCCGCAGACCGCAUUGAUCACCUCGAUCAAGCUACCCUCCCUCAAACGCCCCUUCCACCUUCGCAUCAGCCUACCUCCAUGAGUACUACGUCAUCAAUUUCGGAGGAAGCUAAGGGACCUCAGGUGGCCGUCCCUCACCCUGUUCACAAGUCUGAAGAGAUCGUGGUGGACCUCACUGGCAAGCAGGCAGUAGUGAAGGUAUCCUCCAUUUCCGCGUCGACGUCGCAGAGCGAUGUUUCGUCGUCGGAGAAGGGCGAGAUGUGGCAGGGGUUUGAGGACGACGAGCUCCCCGCAAAGACGCAGGGUCACUAUCUGCGCAACCUCCGCUUCCAGAUGAUGACGCUGUAUCGACGGCUGUUCGGUAUCGUGUUCUGCGUCAACUUGGGCGUGUUCAUCUGGUACGCGGUCAAAGGGGCGAAUGCAGAGCAGCUCGGCCGCGUUGUCAUCGGAAACCUCUUCACGGCCAUCCUCAUGCGACAGGAGUACGUGAUCAAUGCGUUUUUCACUGUAGCUUGUCUAGCUCCACGGUCGUGGCCGCUGUGGAUUCGGCGGAUCCUGGCAAGAGUGUACUCAAUCGGCGGAAUCCAUUCCGGUACAGGAGUUGGUGGAACCAUCUGGCUUAUCCUCUUUGUGGGGAGAGGAACGCGCGAGGUGAUCAAGAAAGAGAAGACGAGCGUUGCCACUCUCACCGUGUCCUAUGCCAUCCUGGUGCUCCUUGUGGCGAUGGUGAUCUUCGCUUACCCGAAGUUCCGCGUACGACACCACGAUGCAUUCGAAAUGAUUCAUCGUUUCGCCGGAUGGACUGCUGUCGCUCUCGUUUGGGCUCAGGUUAUUCUCCUCGUCAACGAUUACAAGAGUCCGGAUGAGACACUGGGUCACGCCGUUGCGCAGUCGCCUCCAUUCUGGCUCACCCUAAUUUUGACGAUUUCUAUCAUCUUGCCAUGGGCCCGUCUGCGCAAGGUCCCAGUUCGCUCUGAAGUACUCUCGGAACACUGUGUACGCCUCUACUUCGACUACGUGAAUACGCAACCCGGUCACUUCACCCGGAUGUCGAUCGAUCCGCUCUGCGAGUGGCAUUCCUUCGCUACCAUCGCCGAGCCUGGCAAGAAGGGAUACUCUGCUGUCGUCUCGCGUGCCGGUGAUUGGACGAAGCAGCAGAUCGGUAACCCACCGGACAAGAUUUGGAUCCGCGGCAUCCCCUGCUAUGGUGUCGUGCGCGUUACACCACUGUUCCGCCGAGUAGUGAUGGUGGCGACAGGCAGCGGCAUUGGUCCGAUUGCCCCGGUUGUCUUCGCGAAGAAGACCGAGAUCCAGUUGCUCUGGACGGCGCCCACGGUGCGUCAGACGUUCGGAGACAAGCUUGUGGACUCGUUGCUCGAAGCGGCGCCCGGAUCCGUGAUCUAUGAUACUCGUCAACACGGCAGGCCCGACUUGGUGAAGCUCACGUAUCGGAUGGUCCAGGCCUUCAAUGCGGAGGCCGUUGUGAUCAUUUCCAACCAGCCCUUGACGGAGAAAGUAGUGUACGGCAUGAUGAGCCGCGGGAUCCCUGCUUUCGGUGCCAUCUGGGACUCAUGAAUGCGGAUACUAUUCUCAAGGGCGACGCUGCGGCGCAUGCAUUGCCCUCUACUACGGCUAUGUAGCUAAUCUUCCAACACUUGUCAUGCCAUAAUAGCAACUGUGUU